AUAUGUGCUAUGUCUGUUCCACGUUUUAAGGCAAGGGGGUAGCUGCCAGUUUCGUGACAUCUGCCGAUAAAAUGGGCUCGACUAAAUCCAAUAUGAAGACGUUGCAUACUAUAGGCUACCCAGCGAAGAAGCAACCCAUGGUAGAGCGGACCGUGACCUAGGGCUGAAAAUACCCCUGGCUAAUUUCACGUGUCUCGGGCUCAAGGAGUCUAUCUACUUUCGACCUGCCUGCUCGUAUUCAACGAUAUUGUCCAUGGGUACAUUGAUGUAUAUUACAAUCUCAUUUCAGCCAUGUAACAAUCCAACUAUGAGCCAUUUUGAUGGGAUAAUUCGAUCACCAUGGAAUAUUCAAAUAUAUAACACAUAAGAUGUCGACAGCCGCUAUUACGGCCAGGUUUGGUGUUUUGGCGACCUUGCUGCUCGCAGCGGUUGAGCCUUUCGGUCAAGCUGUUCGCCGGUCGGAACUUCAGUUACGAUUCCUAAAUGGCUCCUCCCAGGUGCGACCUUCAUACGACUAUGUGAUCGUAGGAGCCGGAACAGCUGGCUUGACUAUAGCGGAUCAUCUAACAGCAGAUGGCAAAUAUACCGUUCUAGUCGUGGAGAAUGGAGAUGUCGUCGACUCUCCCAGAAUCAAACAAGUUUACUCAGGUAGUGCCGCUAUGGGACCGACUUGGUCCUACCAAAUCAAUUCCGUGCCUCAAGUGAACCUACAGAACCGAAGCACAGCAGUCGUUGCUGGCAACCUAGUUGGCGGUAGCUCUGCUAUUAACGCCAUGAUGACUGUUCGGGGAACCUCGGAGGACUAUGAUCGAUGGGGGAGUUUCUUUGGCAAUAACUCCUCCUGGUCUUGGGAUGGCUUGCUGCCGUAUCUUAAGAAGGCCCUUACUUUUGUGCCUCCGGACCCCGCCGUAGCCAAGUCGGUAAACAUAACUUAUGACUCUUCAUAUUGGGGCAAUAGUUCUGGUGUAUAUGCAGGAUGGCCGUUCUUUCAGUGGCCUGGACUAACUACGCAAAUUGAGGCCUUCAGAGAUAUACCUGGUGUCGAAUUCCCCCCUGACAGUGGUGCAGGCAAAGCGGGAUUUUACUGGUUCCCAACCUUCAUGGAUCCUCAGAAGGUUCAGAGAUCUUAUGCUAGAACUGGACAUUAUGAUGGUAUUAAUAGGACGAACCAUGAUGUCGUCACCAAGUCUCAUGUUACCAAGGUUCUGCUAGAAGACGGGGCGGCUACAGGUGUGAUUUUCCGACAAAAAGUUGGAAACGCAACGACCUAUACCACUGUCAAAGCUAACCGUGAAGUCAUCCUUUCUGCUGGCGCGAUCCACUCUCCCCAGCUGUUACAACUGAGUGGAAUUGGCCCCAAGAAACUGCUCGAGUCCGCCGGCAUUAACACGACUGUUGACCUCCCUGGUGUUGGCCAAAAUUUCCAAGACCAUCCAAUGAUGUUCAUGAGCAUUGUCCUUGCCAACUUUACGACACACCCAAGCCCACUUGAUAUGUUCAAUAAUAAGAACUUCACUGAUUGGGCACAGGAGCUCUGGAGGACUAACAAAACAGGUCCAUACUCUAUGGGUAUAGGCAAUGCAGCAGCAUGGUUGGGAAUGCCUGUAAUCUCGCCGGAGAGAUUCGAAAGCAUAGCAAACAAAUUGGAGAACCAGGAUCAUGCAGCCCAAUUACCUCCCGAUACCGAUCCUACGGUGGCUGCUGGGUAUAGAGCGCAAAUGAAGAACAUGGCGGCGUCUAUUCGUUCUUCAAACACGGCGUUCUAUAAUCAUGUCUUAACAGGGGCCGGAUCCUCGGGCACAUUGGUAGACCUACAUCCUUUAAGCCGUGGUACCGUCAACAUAAACACGACAGACCCAUUCAACACCGAGCCUAUCGUAGACUACAGAGCCCUAACUAAUCCCGUGGAUGUCGAUAUUUUAAUCGAGAUGCUCCGAUUUACUAAACGAUUCUUCUUCGAGACACGAUUAAAGGAAUACCUCCCCCGACAAGUACAACCACCCGACUACGUCAAUGAACCAGAAGACUUGGCUGGCUUCUUGUCGGAGAACCUUACGCCUUCGGAGUUCCAUCCCUCUGGGACUUGCGCCAUGAUGCCGAGAGAGCUGGGUGGUGUUGUCGAUGAAAACCUGAAGGUAUACGGCGUGAAGCGUCUGAGGGUGGUCGAUGCUAGCAUUAUGCCUACAUUACCUGGAGCGAACACUUGCCAGAGUGUCUAUGCUGUUGCCGAAAAAGCGGUUGAUCUUAUCAAGGCUGAUUUGUAAUUUGAUGGAAAUGCUCAGUUGGAAUGUUCCUCGCGUACCGUCCGAGUCUGGAAGGGGAGGAUUUCAUGUAGGGGGGCCGGUCGCUAGAGUUUCCGAAAAUAUUUCAUUUAUAGCUAUCUUGCCGCUUCGCGUGUAUGAAUUCUGCCUACCUACAACGACAGGGUGUAUGGUUUAUAAGGAGAUAGUAGUACGAAUUUACUAGGA